AUGCCUCUCUCCACCAAUGACAAGACCAAUGAGACCGCUGCCGCCUUGGUCAAGACAUUACAAGGGGCAUUCCACACACCACCAGGCUUUCGACCAGCCCAUGCAAGAGGGAUUCUCCUCAAUGGCACAUUUACACCCACCCCAGAAGCGGGGUCUCUAAGCUCAGCACCUCACUUCAACGCAAGUUCAACACCCAUCGUCGUACGCUUCUCAAACUCGACCGGUAUUCCCCAAAUUCCCGAUAAUGCCGGCGACGCGAACCCGCGAGGCAUCGCGGUGCGUUUCGUCCUGCCUGAGAAGAACGGGCGUCGUCAACACACCGACAUCAUCGCACACUCAACGCCAUUUUUCCCAGUCCGCACGGGCGAAGACUUUCUCGAACUAUUGGGGGCAAUCGGCGCGUCUGCGGCACCGGACGCGCCCAAACCCUCGCCGAUUGAAGUAUACCUGGGGAAGACGCCCUCAGCGGCCGCAUUCGUCGGCGCCCCUAAACCCACGCCGGCGAGCUUCGCGACGGAAAAGUAUUUCGGGGUCAAUGCAUUCAAACUCGUCUCGUCGGACAGCAAGGGUACGUUCGUGCGGUACCGGAUCACGCCGGACGCGGGGGAAUCGCACCUGACGGACGAGGAAGCGAAGUUGAAAGACCCGGCCUUCUUGCACAACGAGAUCCAGACGCGCAUCAUCGACGGCGGCGCGUCGUUUACCCUGUGGGCCCAGGUGGCCGAGGAGGGCGAUCCGACGAACGACGCGACGAUCCACUGGCCCGAGUCGCGCAAGCUGGUCAAGUUGGGCUCCAUUAAGCUCGAGACCGUGGCUGACGACAACGACGAGAAACAGCGCACCAUCAUCUUCGACCCCGUGCCCCGCGUCGAAGGCGUGGAGGCAAGCGACGACCCCAUCAUCGACAUGAGAGCCAGCGUCUAUCUGAUCUCUGGCCGCGAGCGGAGGGCAGCUGGGCCUCACCAGUAA